AUGGCCGCUACAUUUUCCUACGCUCAAGCAGCAAAGGGCAUUGCCCCAGCGUCGUCCCCAGCAAAGACUUCCCUCGAAGAACCGAUUCAGGCGGCUUCAAAUCCCGAGGAACAGAAUGUGAACUCGAGCUCGCAAACGAACACAGACUCCGUGUCUUCCAAUGCCGAAACCGCCCAGGAGACCCAGAUUGCCGAAAAGGAAGUCGAAUCUGCAACUACUACCAAGGCCAAUGUUUCCGAGGCAUCUACUCCAAGUGAUGGCAACUCUUCGACGUCCUCUGUCCCCAAGGACGAGGAGGGAACGGAUACGCCCAACGGUACCUCGGAAUCUACCUGGGAUAAGCAGUCCCAAGCCUCGGGCGCUGAGAAGGUGAACACCGAGGAAGAGGGUGUGAAGGAGAAGACUGAGAAGGAAAAGAGCGUACCCGCUAAGGAGCUCAAGGUUGCCCCUCUUCCUGCCGUGAACAUUUGGCAGCAGAGAAAGGAGGCACAGGAGGCUAAGGCGAAAGCCAUUGCAGCAUUGAAGCCUGCCGCCAAGACAGGAACUUCGAAGACUACGUCAGCCGCGUCCUCGAUAUCGGGAGAUCACCAGCCGGAGUCGAAGCCGGCUCCCAAGAAGAAGGGUUCCGACAUCUCUUCGGAAAGUGCCAAGGACCGCAAGAAGGCUGAUGGAGCCAAGGGACGUGACGACAGUGCCAGUCUUCCUCCUGUUGGAGAUGAAAGCCUAUGGCCCACCCCUCAAGUUGCGCAGGGUGAAGAGAAGAAGAAGGCUCAAGAGAAGUCUGAAAAGACCGAGAAGAGCCCCGUCAUCCGUCCUCAUGGCAAGGAGAAGUGGAUGCCCGUUCCCUACGUCCCCACCGCUGUGUUCAACACUCCUCUUCCUUCUGCCCGCAGAGGUGGAAGGGCUGCUCGCGGUGGACGCGAAAACUCUCGCAACGGAGCGCAUGGCGCUGGUGCUGAUAAGGCUGCCUCUGGUCAGGCUGCCCAGGCGAAGCAGACUACUUCUGCGGACCGAGGAAGGAACGAGCAGAACUCCGGUCGCGCCACCUCCCUCCCCGCACAGACGAGGCGCUCCAACAGCGCUGAUGCCGGCCUGCCCGACUCGCGUAAGCACCAGGCAGCGGACCGUAACCGUGGGUCCAAGGGAGCCGAGAAUGCAAAUGGCGCACCGGCUGGGAGGAACGUCAACGGGGCAGACACUUUCCCCCGUCACAAGCAGUUCGCUCGGGGUCAUGAUGCAGGCCACAAGGGUGGUGAGCACGGCACCCGGAACCCCCAGCUUUCCGUGGACGCACAGGCUGGUCCUCGCUCCGGCUCGACCAAUGACCGUCGCUUCGAGAAUGGUCCUAAGUCGGCCGAUUUUGCUGGUUUCCACGCUGAUCGCGAGCGCAAGGAGAAGGAUUUCCCUCGUGAGUCGCGCCCUGAAAGAGGCCGAGGUGGGCAUCGGGGCGGCCGUGGAGGCCAUGCUGGCUUCAACGGGGCUCAGAACUCUCACUUCCCUAACAACCACAUCUCGCACCACAAUUUCAUGCAUCCCAAGUUUGGCUUCAACGACCGCCAGAGGUCCCAGCAACAUGGUCCUGUCAAUGGAUCGCAAGGGCACAGGAUGAACAUUAGGUCGCCAUCCCUGCCGAGCUCCAAUACCAUGUUCUAUCCCUAUCCUGGGGAUAUCAACACAAUGUACGGUUAUCAGGCAAUGCAUGCCGGCCCGAUGACCGCCUAUCCCUAUCCCCAGCUCAUGGAGCCUUACUCCCAGGUGUCGAUGAUCUCCAUGCAAUUGGAAUACUACUUUUCCGUGGAUAACCUGUGCAAGGAUAUCUUCCUUCGGAGCCACAUGGAUUCCCAGGGUUACGUCACACUCGCUUUCAUUGCUAACUUCAAGCGCAUCAAGAGCUUGACCGACGAUUUCGAGCUUCUGCGUCAUUGCUCUCGCCAGUUGAGGACCGUUGAGUAUAUUCAGAGCGAGGAUGGUCUGGAUCGCCUACGGCCGAGAGAGAGGUGGGAGGAUUGGGUCCUGCCUCAGGAGCAGCGUGAUCCGUCUGCACGGAACGAUGGCCCUAUUCCCAGCAGCGUUGCUAAGCCCGAAGAUACCUUCGUCGAUGGACCAGUUAAUGGGCAGUUCACCAACGGCACCUCUGAAUCUCAUGCCCCGAAGACAUCAUUAUCUUCCACUGCCCCAGAGUUCUCGCCUGCCAACGCUCUGAAUGGCCAGGCUGAAAUUCCAACUGUACGGAACCCCGGUUAUUACUGUCCUUCCUGUUUUUGA